GAGAGAGAGCAAACGAAUUUGCACGCACCUUUCUGUCUCUUUCUCUCUUCCUCUCGGAAGGGAUCCUCUAUGAUCUUCUUCUUUUCCGCACGUCACCGCACUCCAUCGUCCAGUCUUUCCUCUCGCACUCGUCAAUCUCGCGUUCGCGUCACUAUCUCGCGAUCGCGAUCGCUCCGCUUCUCGACGUUUCGGAGCGAGGGACGCCGCGAACGCGCACGCCCGCGGGAAACGCUCCGCAAUUCAUCGUUUCGCUACUUGUGACUUUCGAACGUGACACCAACGAUACGAGCCGGCACGAGGAGUACGAGGUUAUGUUGCGUUUCGAACGUUCGUCUUUACUACGGGCGUACCGCGUACGUAUACAAUCGUUCCGUUGUGUGGAAAUAUCGAUUCCGAAAGUGUCAAGAGAUACGUAGUACCUUGAUUGAUCAAGCAGAGUUUUCAUAACCUAACCCCUGUCGGGAUCCUGUGCACGUGGCUUGUACAUACGAUAAUAUCUAACGGAUGGCUUCGGACGCAAAAGCGAAGGUUUCGAGUGGGGCGAAACUUAAAACUAGACUGCCGGUAAUACCAGGCACGAGACCUUCGCUACGAAAUUCACAGUUGCUUAUUUCAACAGGGAUACCUUCCUUAGACAGUACGAUAGGCGGAGGUUUACCUAUUGGCUCGAUAUUUUUAAUCGAGGAGGACAAGUAUGGCUUCUACGCUAAAAUUGUAUUGAAAUAUUUUAUGGCAGAAGGGAUAGUCGUGUCUCAGCCUGUAUUGAUUGCGUCUCAAGAUGUUCAGCCUUCCCAAUUUGUAUCGGGGCUGCCUGCAGUUAUAAACGACUCAGAGGAACGUGUGAAAACUACAAAUACUGUAGAUGAACCUAUGAAAAUAGCUUGGCGAUAUCAGAAUAUGAAAAUAGUAGAUUCAACCCCGACGGGAGGACAGACAUUCGGUCAUUAUUACGAUCUCACGAAACUGAUGCAGAAGGAUCUUCUGGAGCAUGCUGACAUAAAACAAUGGCAAAUUAAUGAGGAAACGACACUGAAUGAGAGCAGUAAAUUUGAGAACGCUGCAUACGUUGACUUAUUAUGCACCAUAGAAAGAACGUUGCGCGACGGACAAUAUUUCCUCUCUGAAGCACCGGAACAGAAGACAAAGAUUUUAAGAAUCGCGAUUCAUUCUCUGGGAUCAAGAUUAUGGCUUGGUGACACGGAGAAAGGUUCUAAUCGUGAUCUAUUGAAAUUCUUAUACUGCUUCAGAGCGCUCUUAAGGAAUUCCUAUGCGGUCGGCGUAGUAACAAUACCAGUUAAUAAUUUCGACAAUACCGAUUGCGUUAUCGAAAGAAUUCAGCAUUUGUCGGAUAUAGCAGUCGGAUUAGAAUCGUUUGCGGGAUCUGCAAAGGAGCUUAAUCCGUUGUUCAAGGACUAUCAUGGUCUUUUGCACAUUAAGAAAUUGUGUGCACUGAACGGUUUAUCACACGGCAUUACGCAAUACAAAGAUCUGGCAUUUAAAUUACGCCGUAAAAAGUUUCUUAUAGAGGUUUUACAUUUACCGCCCGAGUUCGAUGAUACCUCACAACGAGAGCAAGAUGAGACAGUAACGUCCGGCAUUGGAUGCGCGAGUGGAUCUCAUAAAAGUGCACUUGAUUUUUAGAUUCAUGAAUUCUGUACAAAAAUCAUAUGUGAUAAUUUUAAUGUAUAUUGUAUAGUUCUUUUUAACAAAAUUAAAUGUUUAUUUUGUUAAAAUAAUUUUCAAUCAAUUAUUAUAUGUAUAUUCUCAUACUCUUCAUAUAUUUGUCUUAGCCUUCAUAAGAUGUUAUUCUUAAUUCAUAAUUCGUUACAUCAAAGUGUAUAUUUGUGAGUCCACUCCUUAACAAGCAAGUGGUAAGCCAGAAUUUUUACGUACGCUUAGGUCACGCCUAUCCCGUUUAACGGGAAGUGCAUGGUGUGGCGGCUGAAUUAAUGUAGAGAAGAGGAGAUAGGCUUCGUGAACACUUACAAUAAUGCGCAUAAAGUAUCUUUUUGCUGUAUUACGUUGUAUAUAUGGGUUCAACCUACAAGUUCAUUUACACCGUAGGAAUACAAUUUUCGAUGGGAGAUUUCUAUAACGAGUACGAAAUCUUCAGAAUAAUCCUUUACUAUAUACAGUAUAAUUAAUCUAUGGAAGAAAAAUGAAGCUUUCAUUACAGUAUUGUAACAUUUCUUGAUAAAUUAAAAAUACUUCUGCAUAAUUAUAAAA